UAUGGUGAAGAGGAUAAGGAUGAGUAUGAGGAUGAAAAUGGCGAUGGCGGGCAUGAGGAGGACAUGUAUGGGGAUGAGCAGGAGGAGCUGGGUGAGCAGGAGGACGAUGGGUAUGGCCAGCAGGAGCAUGCUCAGGGUGGGGAGGUCGAUGCUGAUGAUGGCGAGGAGGGGAUCAGGCACUCAGCGUGGGAGCUGGGACGAGCGGAGAGGCGAGGAGAGAGAGCGGGACAUGUAUGGAUCAGGAUCGGAGGACUUGGAGUACGAGAGAGGGGAUGAGUACGAGAGAGGGGGCGAGUACGAGAGAGGGGGCGAGUACGAGAGAGAGCACCAAUAUGGCCGGGAGCGUGAGUACAAUUACAGCGAUGAGGAGGGUGAGGAGGAGGAGGGCGAGUAUGAGGGUGGUAAUGGGUAUGCGGAGCACGGAGGGCGCCGCGGAGGCGCAUUGGAGCAAGGCAUCAAUGGCGGCGAUGGGGGCUAUGGGCAUGAGGACGACGCCAGUGAUGGAGAUGGCAGCAGCAGCGGUCGUGGUGGUGGCAGCGGUCGUGGUGGCAAUGGUGUGCUUCUGGACGGGCGUGGCAGUGAAGAGACGUCCCCUGCAUCGCAGGGAGGGGGAGGAGGGGGAGGAGGGGGGGCUAAAGGCGGAAGUGACGGUUUUGCGCUGUUGGACCUCCCAGCCGGACUGCAGCUAGGCAUGGCUCAAGGCCAGCCCGUGGACUACUCGGUUGGGGACCUGGAGAAGGCCUUCCGAGCCAUGCAAUCUGGUGGGGCUGCUGCUAAUAAUGCUGCCCUGGGCCCUGCUUUUGACCCAGGUGCAAAAGCAGCAGCAACAGCAGGAGCAGCUGUGGCAUCAGGAGCAGGAGUGGGAAAGACAAGGGAGGAAGGGGCAGGGGCAGUGGAGGGAGGGGAGGGGGGGGAGAAGGCGGGGCGAGCAGGGUUUGCGCUGUUUGAUCUGCCUGCUGACAUGGCAGAUGUCCCCCUGGGCCAACACGUGGACGAAUCAGUGGGCGACCUGUGGAAGGCGUUCCAAUCCAUGCAAGGGAAGGGUGGGAUGGGCGGGAUGGCAGCUGUGGGCGGAGGGGAAGGUGGCCUGGCCGGUGGGAGUAGCAAUGGUGUGGCAGAGAAAGGAGGGGAUAUGAGAGGCCGAGGUGACCUAAAGAUUCGCGAAGAGGAGGAGGAAGAGGAGGAGGAGAACAGCGAGGGGGAAGAGAAGGAGGAGGAGGAGGAUGAGGAGGAGGAGGAUGAUGAGGUGGGGAUCUCAUUCCUGGGCAAACUGGAUCAGCUGCAGCAGCUCCAGGAGCAUGGGAAUGGGAUGGGCAUGCCGGCAACAGGCAUGGGGAGCCUGCUGCAAGAAGGCAUGGGUAUGGGGCUGGGAGUAGGCAUGGGUAUGGGCAUGGGCAUGGGUAUGGGUAUGGGCAUGCUGGGUAGCCCGCUAGGCAGCCCUCUCUCUGCCAUGGGAAGCCCUUUUGGCAUGUCUGAUCCGUCCUUCCCCUCCCCUGCCUCCCACUCCCCCAACACACUGCCCUCGUCGCCGGGUGGUAACCACACGAGUCCCAAGCCGCCUGGUGGGAAGGGGGCCGGUGAAGGGGAGCGAGGGGGGGAGGAUGUGGGGGGGGAGGAUUUGGGGGUGGAGGACCGGAGGCUCCCAGAAAACGUGCUGCAGCUGAUGCGGGAGAAGAAGCCCAAGGUGCCCGAGGAGGAGGGCGAUGACGAUGAUGAGGAGGAGGAGGGGGAGGAGGAUGAUAGUAUGAUGGGGGAAGACGUCGGUGGAAGACACGAGGGGGACGAGUACGGGGACGAGGAGGAGGAAGAGGACGAGGAGGGGAGGGGCGAGGGAGGAGGGGGAUUUGGCCUGCUGGAUCGGCUGCUGAGCUUCCAGGACGCGUUGCCGGGUAGCAGCAUGCUGGGUGGGGGGGAAGACCAAGGGGCAGCGGUGGAGGGCCCCCCUGGUGGUGGCCUGGCUGGUGCGUUUGGUGAGCUGCUAGCUGCCAGCAAAUCCCUUCUAGGGCCUGACAGCAGUGCUCUGCUGCAGGUAACAUCGCAGGCGUCCCCUGGGUCUCCCAGCAGCGGCCCGUUGGCAGGGCUGCUGAGCAUGCAGAAUGGCGCGGGUGGGGAGGGCGAUGGGGGUCUGGCAGGGCAUUUCCCCAUGGGUGGCGGGCUGGCAGGGGCGUUUGCGCGGCUGCAGGAGGAGCAGAGGGGAGGAGGGGGGGGGGAGGAGGGGGAGGGGGAGAAGGGGGGGAAGGCGGUGGGAAGCACGACGCCACGUGUGACCCGAGUGAGGUUUGCAGAAAAGGCGGAGGAGCUGGGGGCAGGGGAUGUGGAGGAGGAGGACGAGGAGGAGGGGGAGGAGGAGGGGAGGGAUGAGGAGAGGGAUGAAGAGAGGGAGAGGCGGCCCGGUUAUGGGGAGGAGGAGGAAGACGAGGAGGGGAGUGUUGUUGAUCGGCAGGGUGAAGAGGAGGAGGAAGAGGAAGGGUACUAUGAGGGAGGGGGGCGCUUGAGGGGUGAGUAUGCCGAGGAGGAAGGAGAUGAGUAUGGCGAGGAGCGGGAGUACUUGGACCAUGCGCACGAGGGGAUGGGUGGGAGUGAGAGGGAGAGAUUGAGCGGUGAGAAUGAAAGGGGAGAUGAGGGGUAUGAGGAGGAAGAGGGUGGGUUUGAGGAGGAGGGGUAUGUGGAGGGGGAGUAUGCAGGGGAGGAGGAGCAGAGAGGGGGGGAGAGGUAUGAGGAAGAGGAGGGUGCGGGAGAGGGGAGGGAGAUGAGGGAAGGGAGUGCGACAGGGAGUGAUGACAUGUAUGGGCAGGAGGGGAAUGAGGCGGGGUUGAGGCAAGGGGAGGGUGAGAUGUAUGGGGAUGGGGAAGGGGGAGAGACGUAUGGGGAAGGGGAAGGGGGAGAGAUAUAUGGGGAAGGGGGAGAGAUGUAUGGGGAAGGGGGAGAGAUGUAUGGGGAAGGGGGAGAGAUGUAUGGAGAGGAGGGUGGGGAGGGGGGGUAUGGGGAGGAGGGCAUGCAUGGGGAGGAGGGAUACGAUGAGGGUGAGUAUGGGGGGAUGGAGGGGGCGGAGCAGGGGGGAUAUCAGGAGCAGGAAAGGUUUGAGGAACAGGUGGGAUAUCAAGAGCAGGAGGGUGACUAUGAGGAACAGGUUGAGGGGUUUGGGGGAGAGGCAGGGCAGUAUGGAGGGGAAGGGGAAUAUGAGGAGGAGCAAGGGAGGGGGGACGGUCAAGAGUAUGAAGGAGAGGGAGGGGAGUAUGGGGGCAAUGAGGGGUACCGAGAAGAUGAGCAAUACCCUGGGGAGGAGCAGUACCCGCCUGAUGAACAGUACCCAGUGGAUGAACAGUACCCGGGGGAUGAGCAGCAGAGAGGAGGGUAUGAGGAGGAUGGGUAUGGGGAGGCCAUUGGGAGUGGCAUGAUGCAGGAGGGGCAUGAGGGCCAGUAUGAGCAGGAGGGGGACUAUAAUGAGGGGGAUCAGUUACAGGGGGAGGAAGAGUUUCAAGGGGAUGAACAGUACCAAGGAGGUGAACAGUACCAAGGAGGUGAACAGUACCAAGGGGGUGAACAGUACCAUGCAGGGGAUGAACAGUACCGGGAAGGGGAUGGGCAGUACCCAGAGGAGGGGCAGUAUCCAGCAGAUGAACAUUACCAAGGGGAUGAGCAGUAUCAAGGGGAUGAACAGUACCAGGAGGGGGAUGGGCAGUAUGAUGGAGUGAGGGAGGAAUAUAACGGGGGAGAUGGGUAUGGAGAGGAGCAGUAUGGAAGGGAUAAGGGGUACCAAGGUUAUAACGAGGAGGGGCAGUAUAACGAGGAGGGGCAGUAUAAUGAGGAGGGGCAGUAUAAUGAGGAGGGGCAGUAUAACGAGGAGGGGCAGUAUAACGAGGAGGGGCAGUAUAACGAGGAGGGGCAGUAUAACGAGGAGGGGCAGUAUAACGAGGAGGGGCAGUAUAAUGAGGAGGGGCAGUAUAACGAGGAGGGGCAGGACAAGGAGCAGUACGAAGGCCAAUACGGGGAGGCGGGAGAGGGCGGGUACAACAACGAUGAGGGUGGUGGGGGCCAUGGGGGUCAUGGUGGCCCUGGGGAGUACAGUGAUGGGCAGGGCGGGUACUAUGAUGGGGAGGAGGGGUACGGCAAUGGAGGCGAGGCAUACCAUGAUGGCGCGGGUCCGUAUGACGCGACGGGAGGGGGGGAUGCUGAUGCUGAUGGGCAGUAUAUGGGUGAUGGUGAUGGGCAAUACAUGGGUGCUGAUGCUGAUGGGCAGUACGUGGGUAAUGAUGGUGCGUACGGCAUGCAGGGGGGACAAGACGAGGAGUACAUGGGCGAAAGGGAUCAGGCAGGCAUGCAAGGGGCAUACGCAGGAGCAGCAGGGGAGGGAGGAGGAGGAGGAGUGGGCUACUCAUCCGAUGGGCGCUACUACGAGGAGCAUGUGCGGCUGAACGGGUCAGGGGAUGGAGGGGGGGAGGGAGGAGGAGGAGCAGGGGGAGGAAGCGGCGGUGGCGGCAGUGGAUACUAUGGAGGGGCACCUGGGAGCCCGUAUCCCAUGAACGUUCCUGUGAGUCCGUAUCCUGACGACCGGCCCAUGAGCCCGUACACAGAUGGGCAUGCGUAUGGUGACGGGCACCAGUAUGAGGAUGGGGGGCAUGCGUACGAAGAGGGGCAUGGCUACGAUGGAGGGCAAAUCAGCCCGUAUCCCGAUGGGAAUCCCAUGAGCCCCUACCCUGAUGGCCAGUACCUUGAUAGCCCUUACCCUGGACAGCAGCAGCAGCCGCAGCCGCAGGAGUAUGGUGAGGCGCCCAUGAGCCCGUACCCUGAUGGUGAGGGGCAGUACGACAACGAGGGGCAGCUGAGCCCGUACCCCCAACAGCGGGGGUACGACAACAACCAGGCGUACAACGACGGGAGCCAAGCCUAUCCUGACGGCAACCACCACCAAGCGUACGAAGAGGGGCGGGCGUAUGGCGGCGAGGCGGCGGGGUAUGAUGAUAACAGACAAGCAUAUGACGAGGGGGAGCUGAGCCCGUACCCACUCCAGGCCCCUCUGAGCCCAUACCCCGACGACCACCAGCGGCCCUUGAGCCCGCUCCACGGGGGGGACAGGCCCGGCAGUCCCUACGCGAUGCAGCCCCCCCCUGGCAGCCCGUACCACGAGGAGAUGCCUGGCAGCCCGUACCAUGAAGAGGGUGCGACAGGUCACGGGCCUGGGAACUACUAUGAUGAGCGGCUGGGAAGCCCGUAUCACCACCAUGGGGGGAGCGGGCCUGCUCCCGGAAGCCCGUACCACGAGGAACGGGUGGGGAGUCCGUAUCACCAGCAGCAGCAGCAGCACGAGCAGCAGCAGCAGCAGCGGGUGGGGAGCCCAUACCAUAUGGAGCCCCCUGGGAGCCCGUAUCACGAGGAGGGGGUGGGAGGUGGGUAUGGAGAGCAGGGGGUGGAGGGCCAGUACCAUGGGCAGCAGGAGAUGGGGGCGGGGGAGGGCGGGCAGUGGGAGGGGCAGUAUGGGGAGGAGAUGGACGGAGGUGGUGGUGGUGGUGGUGGUGAUGGUGGUGAUGGGUAUGGUGGGUACGGGUUCCAAGAGCCGUUGACGCCUACCAGCCCACAUGAGUAUGCCAUGGCGCUGCACCGAGAGCAGCAGCAGCAGCUGCAGGAGCUGCAGCAGCACCAGCAGCAGCAGCAGCAGAUGCAGCAGCAGCAGCAGGGACUGGGACUGGGACUAGGACUGGGUCAGGGAGCUAGGAUGGUUCGACCAGACUCCUCCCGUUCGUCCGACCGGCCCCCUAGCCGAGUCUCCUACCAGGACGAUAACGACAGCCGGCCUCCUAGCAGGGUAUCGUACGCCGAGACAGAUAGCCGCCCUUCCAGCCGCAUGUCUCGAGGAGGGCCCGCAGGCGGGCCUGGUGGGGCAGCAGGAGCGGCAGUGGGAGCAGGGGGGGGGAGAGGAGGAGGGGGCGGGGACAUGGGGGGAGUGGGCGAGGAAGGGUACGCUGCGUUUGGAUUCUAUGGGCAGCCGUCACCUCGGUUUGGAGGGGGAGGGGGAGAUAUGGAGCGACCAGUGAGCAGGCAGAUGAGCCGUGGCUUUUCAGGUGCUUCCCAGGGGGGGUCGGACCUGGAGCGGCCUAUCAGCCGGCAUGGGGUCGGCACUGGGUCGGCAGGAUAUGACGAGUUCGGCCGGCCGCUCAGCGCACGAGGGGUGGAGGGGGCAGAGAGGCCGCUGAGCCGGCACGGGCAGAGAGGAGGCAUGGGGGGGGAGUAUGGGGGUGAUGGGGGCGGGAUGAUGGGCGAAGGGGGAAUAGGGAUGGAUGGAGGGGGGUAUGGGGGCAUGGAUGGAGGAAUGGGAGGUGGGUGGGCGGAUGGGGGUGUGGGAUCUCCCAUGGGAGCAGCAGGGGGGGGGUAUGGGGGAGAAGGUGCACUGGGUUCCCCUGUUGGGUUUGGAGGGGGGGGGUUAGGGUCGCCGAUAGGCGGAGGAGGGAUGGGGAGUCCCCUAGGGUCGCCGAUAGGCGGGGGUCCCUUGGGAUCUCCAAUAAUGAUGGGCGGGGGUAUGAGUGGGGCGGGGAGGAUGGGAGAGGAGGACGAUAGCUAUGCAGAGAGUGCUUAUAUCGAGAUGAAGAUGCCGACUCUUCGAGCGGAAGGGCUGCCUAUGGCUCCUCCUGGGGACCCCAGCGGCAUGGGCGGCGGAGGAGGAGAUGACAUGCCAGCCAUUUCCUUCGAUAGAGUCACGUCCAUCCGGGGGCCUGCGGGCGGCAUGGGCGGCGGAGGCGGAGAAGGCGGAUUUGGGGGAGGGUUUGCCUUUGCUCCUGCGUCCCAUGGUGAGGAGUACAGGGAGGAGGAGGGAUACGGGCAGGGGGGCGAGUACGGCAUGGGGGGGUACGAGGAUGUGGGAUUCACGAGUAUCGGCGUGGGGGCAGAGCUGGGGCCUGUGCCUGAGGUGGACGAGGAUGCAUUUCUGGACGAGGACGAUGACGAGCAAACCCCAGGGCUGUUCUCCGCUGGGGAGUUCGAUGGCCGGCAGGUGGAGGAGGGGGAGGUGGAGGAGGAUGGAGAGGAGGGAGACGAGGGAGAGGAGGAGGGAGAGGAGGAGGGAGGGGAGGAUGGGGCGGAGGAGGGAGGGUAUGAGCAGGGGGGGUAUGGCGAGGGGGGAGUUGGAGGGGAAGCGGCAGGUGGUGGCGAUUACGGAGGGCAGGAGCAGGAGGAGUAUUAUGGGGAGGGUAUGGAUAGGGAAGGCAUGGAUUAUGGAGGCAUGGGGAUGGAUGGGCAGGGAGGUCAUGGGGAUGCGGAGUAUGGUCAGGAGGGGCAUGAGAGAGGGGGGUAUGGUGAGGGAGGAUUCAGUGUGGAUAACCAGUGGUUGUCUCCUCGCCCCAUGCCGUCUGCGGGGCAGUCCUCCUUGCCUAAUGCUGCAUGGCAGCAGCAGCAGCAGGGGCAGCAGGUGAUGCUACUGAAGCCAUCUCCUCCGCCCACUCAGCAACCGCAGCAGCCGGCUCGAAGGAAGACACCACCCAAGAGACAGCAGCAGCAACAGAAACAGCUGCAGCAGGCACAGCAGCAGCAGCAGCAGCAGCAGCAGCAGCGCCAGAAGCAACAAGAGCAGCAGCAUCAGCCGGAGAAGGAGGAUCAACAGGAGCAGCCAGCACAAGGAGCACAGGGCCGGCAAAAGCCUUCAGCAAAGCAGCCAGGUGCAAUGAAGGCUGCUGCUGCUGCUGCAAGUGGCUCUGCUGUUGGUAAGGGUGGCGCAGGGAAGACAGGGAUCCAGGCGAAGACAGGGCAGGCCGGGAAGAAGAAGAAACUGAAAGGCAAGACGGGGACCAGUGCAGCUGCAAGAAAAGCUGCAGGAGGAGCAGGAGGAGCAGGAGCAGGAGCAGGAGCAUCAGGAGGAGCAUCAGGGGCAGUGGAUGGGCCAGGAAGCGAAGGAGGAGGAGGGGAGAGCAUGGGCAUGGGGAUGAAUGACACGGACUACUCGUCGUUGCCUGCUGACGGCGGCUCCACGCCGCGUCUGAACCCAUACAAUCCGUGGGAAGAGGAGGAGACUCUGCUGCUGGAAGGGGCUGGUGCACAGCACAAGCCAAAGCAGCAGAAGCAGCAGCAGCAGCAGCAGCAGCAGCAGCAGCAGCAGCAGCAGCAGCAGGACCAGGAGAGAGGAGCAGGAAAGAAGGGCGCUGGUGGUCAGGGGGAGAAGGGCAAGGCGGCGGGAAAAUCAGCCUCUCCUGUGAAAGCCGCGGCUAAGAAGGCUGCAGCUGCUGGUGCUGCUACGAAGGACAAAUCCGGCAAGAAAUCACUGUCGGGAACAAAGAAGGGGGCUGCUAAGGUGAAAGAGGCAGGUGUAGCAAAAGGCCUGCCUGUCUCGGCUGCUGCUGCUUCUGCUGAUACUCCUUCCUCUGCUGGUGUAACAGCCACUACACUGCAGAAGAAAGCAAAGAAGCCAGCGCAGAAAGCAGCAGCAGCAGCAGCAGCAGCAGCAGCAGCAGCAGCAGCAGCAGCAGGAGCAGGAGCAGCAGGAGCAGCUGCAGCAGGGAAGGGCACGAAAAAGAAGGCAGCAGCAGCAGGAAGAGGAGGAGGAGCAGGAGGGGUUCAGUUGAGAGCUAUGGCAGAUGAAGACAUGGCAUCAAACUUAGCUGCAAUGGUCACGGCUGCUGCUACAGCCGCCGCUGUGGCCGCCACCAUGCCGCUCAGUGACGGCUCGUCUGCCUCUUCAGCCGCCGCUCACGCAGCUGCUGCUGCCGCUGCCGCUGCCGCCACCACAGCUGCUGGCGGCGGGUCCCAUUCCUUGUUCAACCCUAGCCGAUCCGCCUCUGCUCCGUUUUCCUCUGCUUCUGCUGCUGCGUACGAUGGGGAUAGUGAUGGGGUGGUGCAUAAUGCAGUGGACUCGCUCUCUCUCCUCGAGAUCCCCUGGGCAGAGCUGAGAAGAAGAGGCAUAUACGAGGAGGACUACCCGGCUUCGAGCCCCUCUCUUCCCACUGCAGAUCAAUCCCCAGCCACCAGCAGAUCCCCGAGCAGCAACACUGGUGCUGCUGUCUCUGCCACUUCCGCUGGCGCUGGUAGUAGCAGCAAUAGUGGUACCCCUGGUGCGUCUGCUGCCGCUGGUGCUGGUAGUGCUGCCAGUGCCAGAGCUCCUGCUAAUGCUACUGCAGAGCUGGACUCGUUUGUCGAUCUGUGCUUGGACGAGCUGGCUCCUGUUGAAAAGAACGCGCACCAGCAGCAGCAGCAGCAGCAGCAGCAGCAGAGGCAGGGGCAGCAAGGGAGGAGUGGUGGAAGCGAGGAGGCAAGCAGUGGCAGUGGCACAACGAGGGGCACAGGCACUGGUGGGAAUAGCAGCAGCCCUAGUGCGAGCGAUGGCAUGACCACGGAGGGCUCUGAGGCGUUCAUGCUGCUGAGCAACCGCAGCCCUGCCAUCACUGAAAGGGAAUUCCGCCCCUUCAUUCGCCAUGCAGACAUCCCCAUCCACAUCCCGGCCUCCCCCGACUCUCUCGCGCACGCAGCCGCACUCCUAACAGCAGCACAGGAGCACGAGCACAGCCAGCUGCGCGCGCUGGGCUACGCAGCCCUGGACCGCCGCCUGCUGCUCUGCAUCCUCACCACCAUCGACUCGCCCCGUGACUGGCUCUCCUUCUCCCUCGCCUGCAAGCCCUGGCGCGCCGCGGCCUACUACGGCCUGCGCUCGCUCCGCCUGCACCGCGGCAGGCGAGUCAACACGCACGGGCUCAUCCGGGCCCUCUCCCACUGCCCCAACCUCACCGCGCUUGACAUCCCCGGGAUGAGCCUCGACCAGCCAGUGAGCAACGACCUGCUCUGCACCAUCGGGUACUCCUGCCCGGACCUGCGGCAUUUGUCGAUCGGGGGGGAUCCGGAGCUGGGGUACUCGUUCCGAGAGUCGGGCCUGGCGCUGCUGUUCUCGGGGUGCACGAACCUGGUUGAUUUGAGGCUGGAGGCGUUUCAGCACUUGCGGGUGAAGAGCAACGGCAGCAGCAGCAGCAGUGGCGGAGGCAGUGGCGGUGGUGGUGGUGGAGCUGGUGCUGGUGCUGGUGGUGAGGGAGGAGGUGGGGCAGAUGCCACUGCUGAUGCUGCCGAUCAGUCUGCAACAACUCUGGCUCUCUCCUCCGUCCCCCUCUCAGUCACCACAGCGGCCGCCGUCGCAGCAGCAGCAGCAGCAGCAGCAGCAGCAGCCUCCUCCUCCGCUCUCUCCGCGGUCCUCUCUUCUGCCGCAUCAGCCGCCGCCUCCCUCUCCUCCCACACCACGCCACCACUGCACCCCGACCCAAACACCCCCCCGUCCGACGGCAUAACCUACCUCCCAGAGUCCCUGGGCGAGCUCACCCACCUGGAAACCCUCGUCCUCAGCUUCCACAACGGCCGCCACCACGUGCGCCUCCCGGACUCCAUCGGCCGCCUCGCCGCGCUUCGCUCCCUCGAGCUCGCCUUCACCUACCCCGCCUGCGUCCCCCCCUCCCUCUGGUCCCUCACGUCGCUCCGAGUGCUGCGCCUCGUGGGCUGGAAGGGCCUGGCUCUCCUCCCCAACUGCCUGGGCGAGCUCGCCAGCCUCCAGAUCCUGGACCUGCGCUGCUCCGAGCUGGUAGACCUCCCUCCUUCUGCCGGCCUCAUCCCGUCUCUCCACGAGGUGGUAUGGGAAACAAAACGCACGCGGGAGCUGGAAGCCUUCGGCUCGUCAGUGCCGCCGUCCAUCGUGGACUUCCCCUCCAUCCACCGCCUCACUCUCAAGAACGUCUGGACCGUCUCGGGCGACAUCCAGCACCUCUCCGCCCUCACCCGCCUCGACAUCUCGGGAGCGAAAGGCCACCUGCGCUCGCUCCCAGAAGCCAUCGGCAACCUCCCGAACCUGGUCCAUCUCGACGUGCGUGGGUCGUUCCGAGCCAUCCCAACGUCCAUCGGCCGCCUGCACCGUCUAGAGGUUCUCCGUCUACUCAGCGAGGUCCUCGAGGUGCUGCCGCAGGAGCUGGGCGACCUCACCAGCCUGCGCCAGUUGCGCCUGGACGGCUGCCGCUCCAACCCCCCGCUCCCAGACUCGCUCUGGCAGCUGCAGCAGCUGCGCGUGCUCUCCAUGCCGUGUGACCGCGUCCCCGACGAGAUCGGCGACCUGCAAUCCCUCCACGCUCUUGAGAUAGACUGCGACACGCCGCGCUCCUCCCCGCACCACGCACUCCCUGCACGCAUCGGCUGGCUGAGGGAACUCAAGGAGCUGCGCCUGGUCUGCCCGUACCUCCGCUCGCUCCCUGCCUCCUUCGUCUCCCUCUCCUCGCUCCGCGAGCUCCAGCUGCAGUUUGCCGGCCCACUGCCCAAAGACUUCGGCCUCCUCACCUCGCUGCGCCGGCUCGUUCUCGACAGCCGGGAAGUGUACGCGCUGCCCGAGUCGUUCGGCGACCUGACCGGGCUGGAAACUCUGACCCUCGUAGGGGAGAAGCUAUCCACCAUUCCCGAGAGCUUUGGCAACCUCUUCUCCCUCCGCUCCCUCUCUUUGGUCAACUGCUCCGGUCUCACCAGCCUCCCUGCCUCCUUCGGCGACCUUUCCAGCCUCACGCGAUUGGAGGCCUCCUGUCGGGAUCUUGCGUGGCUGCCGGUGUCAAUUGGGAACCUAGGAGCGCUGCAGGUGCUGGAGGUGCAGAGCAGGAGGCUGUCUCAGCUGCCGGAAUCCUUCGGCAACCUCACCUCCCUGCACACUCUCAAGCUCCACUGCCCCAUGCUACGUUCCCUGCCUGCUAGCUUUAGGAAGCUGCCCGAAAUGGUCCGUGCUCAUGCAGGGGUGAAGCUAUUUGUGAGUAGUUCAUUCUAGAAAAAACUGAUGUCCUAGUGCCUUGCCCCCUCCCUCCGUCCCGUUCAACCAUUUCAGUGAUAUGUCUUCCCUCUCCAGCACCACCAAAUGCUGUAGCUUGUUUGUCACAUCCACCUCGCCCUCCUCCACGUGCUCCUUCAAUGUGCCAUUGAACAGACCCUUCUAACCCCUUACUAUGGGCCUAGGUCGCACACCAGAGUAUGCUGUUGCUGUGUGUUUGGCCAUCUUGUGGGACAGUGUCAUUUGUGUCAAGCUAUCUCAGGGGUAUGCUACGGUAUUAGGCAUGUGUAAACCAGGGUUCUCUUUUGGAAAAAAGUGUCUGAAGGAUC